AUGUUGGGACUACAGGGAAUUCUGAUAGCCCUGCUGGCAUGCCUCCUAAUUCUGCACUUUCUGAAGCAGCUGUCGUCACGGAGGAAUUACCCUCCUGGACCUCUCCGGCUGCCCAUCAUUGGAAGCGUUUGGCGGUUAGGCUUCAGGCUUUCCAAAGAUCUUCUAAUUCAGAUGGCAAAGCAAUAUGGAAACAUUUACAUUAUAUGGCUGGGAUCUAAACCUGUCAUUGUACUGUCUGGAUUUGAGGCAGUGAAAGAAGGAUUGAUAAACCAUUCCAAAGACUUUGCUGAUCGUCCAGUGACGCCUUUCCUGAAAGCUAUAGGAAAAGAACAGGGUAUUGUACUGUCAAAUGGCCCCACCUGGAAGCAACAGAGGAGGUUUGGCAUAGUCAUCAUGCGGAAGCUGGGACUGGGGAAGAAAGGCCUGGAGCAUCAAAUACAAGAGGAAGCCCAACAGCUUGUUGAGACUUUUGCAUCUGCAAAGGGGCAGCCGUUUGACCCUUCAAUGCCCAUCACUAAUUGUGUCUCCAAUGUGAUCUGUGCUGUGGCUUUUGGACACCGCUUUUCUGUUGAAGAUAAAGAAUUUCUCAAGCUGAUGGAAGCCAUUGACUACAUGUUAAAAUUUACAGGUAGCAUCGUUCAUGCUCUGUAUGAACUUUUCCCAUGGCUCAUGAAACGCCUCCCGGGGCCUCAGAGAAAGGUGUUUUCAUAUGCAGAGGAUGUACUUUCAUUUUCAAGGAAGGAGAUAGAAAAGCAUAAGGAGCAUGAAGCUAUACAUGAGCCACAGGAUUUCAUUGAUUUCUAUCUAUUUCAGAUGAAGAAAAGCAAGGAUGACCCUAACUCGACAUACAACGAAGACAAUCUGACUCAGUGUAUUUUUGACCUCUUCAUCGCAGGAACAGAAACAACAUCCUUGACAUUGCAGUGGGCAUUGCUCCUCAUGGCAAACCACCCAGACAUCCAAGAGAAAGUCUACAAGGAGAUGGAAGAAGUUCUGGGUUCCUCUCAAUCAUUCAGCUAUCAAGAUCGGAAGAAGCUGCCCUAUACCAAUGCUGUGAUUCAUGAGAUCCAGCGUUUCAAAUAUAUCUUUAUAUUUGGUGUCCCCAGACAAACUACAAAGGAUGUGAACAUGAUGGGUUUUGUCAUUCCAAAGGAGACCAUGAUUUGCCCAGAUCUUCGCUCGGUUCUUCUUGAUCCUAAGCAAUGGGAGACACCUGAGGCAUUCAACCCAAAUCAUUUUUUGGACAAAGAUGGAAAUUUUGUGGAAAGAGAAGCAUUUCUUCCAUUUGGUGAAGGGGCCCGUGAGUGCCUGGGAGAACAACUGGCAAAGAUUGAGCUCUUCAUCUUCUUCAUCAACCUGCUGAGGUCGUUCAGUUUCCAGCUGCCAGAAGGAGUAAAGCAGCUCAGCGAAGAACCUGUAGUUGGAGCAUCAUUGCCUCCCCAACCUUAUAAGCUCCAUGCACUUCCACGCUGCAGCACAUCAUAAACUAUACAAAUUGGAGUGGUCCAUUUCUUACUGUCAAUUUUUGCCUCUUUCCUUUCACAUCAUCCUAAGCCUGCUCUGACCUGCUCAAUUCAUUCAUUCCUUGAUUUCUCUCUCACAGUUUGACUGAUGCCUCCUAAAGACGGAAUUCUGGCAGAUCUGCAACAUUGCUGGUUGCUAAACUUGUACUAUUACCUUACAAAUAAACUUAUUUUUAGGUUGAUGUCUUCAAAUAAAUGAGUACAGAAAUCAUUGUUUCGGGAAUUAAGCUCUGAGGUGGAGAGGACAGCAAAAGCACCCUGCUGAAUAAGACCAGUUUGUCACCUAGUCCAGCAUCCUGUCACUCACAGUAGCCAAUCUGUUGCCAAAGAGAGUAUACCAAUCUGUUGCCAAUCUGUUGCCAAACAGAGUAUACAGGCAAAACGGGGGUGUGGUGGGGAGUAGAGGCUCUGUUCACACUUCCCCUUAAUUAAUUUUCUCCUAAAGCCAUAGAACAGGAAUCUGGUGUCCAGUAGUAAAAAUAUUUUUCUCUAAGACUCUUAGAAAUCUAUUGCAUUACAGGGAUCAUUAUCCCUUUACAAACCAAGAUAGUAUUAUUUGGACUAGCUAAUGCGUACAGUCUAAAAGUCUGUAAGGAAGAUCUUCGACAUGUUUGCAGCUGCAAAAGUUCUACUCGCAAAAAAUUGGAAAACGUAAACAUCUCAGAAUUAAAUUUUGAAUUCAGAUAGUCUGGGCUAUUGAACAAUUAUCAAAAUUGUCAGAACUUGUUCAGUUAAGAGACAGACAUAUUUAAAAAAGCUUAAUUUCGUGAUUGCUGGAUUUAAAAAAAAAAUGGAGGAACAAAUUAAGUAUGCCAUUAGACUUGAGCAAUUGUGCCUUGCUUUUAUAUUAAACAGAAUAAUGUAAAUUUGUAAAUUUUGAAGACCGAGUGUGAAUUAAAUAACUGUGACAUCAAUAA